GAAGUAGCACUGGGAAGGCGAAUUGGCUUCUAUCGACUGGGCAAAGAGCUUGGAGCUGGAAAUUUCUCCAAAGUUAAACUUGGCGUCCAUUGCCUAACCGAUGAAAAGGUAGCAGUGAAAAUUAUGGAAAAGAGCAAGAUGGAUCAAAAAGCACAAAAAUUACUUGCAUCUGAGAUAAGGACAAUGGAGCAACUUCAUCACCCCAAUGUUAUUCGUCUUUUUGAGCAUUCGAAGAAUAUUGUUCAUCGUGAUAUCAAAUCAGAAAAUGUGAUAUUUUCAAAACCCGGGUGGAUUAAAUUAGCCGAUUUUGGCUUUUCGUGCCAAGUGUACCCAAACGAUAAACUGUCGACAUUUUGUGGUUCACCACCGUAUGCCGCUCCGGAACUUUUCAAAGGCGAAGAGUACGCCGGUUUGAAUGUUGAUGUAUGGGCACUAGGUGUGUUGCUCUAUUUUAUGCUUGUCGGCACAACGCCGUUUCGCGGGGAAACAAUCAACGAUCUGAAGCAGUGUGUUUUACGCGGUAUUUACGUAGUACCUGAUUAUAUUUCAACGUUUGCGCAUCAUGCCAUCGGGCGCAUGCUUGUUGUUGACCCAAAAAAGCGAGGCACUAUUGAGGACGUGAAAAAAGUCUACUUCCUCAGGGAGAGCAAGUUCACAAAACCGUAUGCACAGUGCAGUACAGUACCAGAUGAAAAGGAGCUGCAGGAGAAUCCGAUUGCUCGCAGAGUAUGGGAUAAACUACAUUUGUACGGGAUAGACGAGAAAGCAAUUAAGGAUGCGGCACCAAAGGGAGCGCGUAAUGCUAUUAUUGGUACUUAUCGCAUCGUACUGCACCAGUCGCAACAAGAAUACGAUGAGCGCGAGAGAAACAGGAUCCAGGAUCAUCAGAUGAUGAUGAAAGCUCGGAGAUCACCGCCAAAGAUCGUAAACCGGAGUAAAACAUGUUCAUGCUUAUAG